UGCAAGACACUCGCUCAUCCUCACCGAUGGUCUGCAGAACAAGGGGGACUUUAAAAAAAAAUUAACAUCUGAAACAAAAAAAACAUCCUACAUUAAACAAAAAAAAAUCUAGAAAAAAUAACAAAACAACAAAAAAUCCAUCAUGAGCUACGAUCCUUAUAUCUCCUACCGCCGCACUUGGGACAGCUACCGAGGCUCUUCUCGACCUUCCACCACCAAAUCCUUCAUGUACUCCCCUCUCUACUCCUCCUCUUCCUCCCGAGCCCUGGGCCUGGCGGCUGGGAAGCAGCGUCCACCCGCCUCUUCCUCACUGCCGGAUGCGUCUGCACGGAUGGACCUGGCCGAGGCCUCCAGCCUCAACACAGAGCUGCUGGGGCUCCGCAGUCAGGAGAAGGAGCAGCUGGUGGGCCUCAACGACCGCUUCGCCACCUACAUCGACAAGGUGAGGCGCCUGGAGCAGCAGAACCGGGCCCUUCUGGCAGAGCUGGAGGCUCUCAGGCGGAGACAGAGGGAUCCGUCUCGUCUUCAGGGGCUCUACGAGGGUGAAGCCCGGAGCCUCAGGGCUGCAAUCGACCAGAAGACAGGAGAUAAGAUGCGCAUGGAGGCAGAGAGGGACUACCUGAAGGACGUGUACGGGCAGCUGAAGGAGCGCUAUGAGGAGGAGGCGCAGUGCCGUGCGGAUGCGGAGGAGGCCCUGCAGAGGGCCCGGGAAGAAGUGGGGCGGGCCAUGCUGUCUAACUGCGAUGCAGAGGCCAGCGUUGUCUCCCUGGCCGAGGAGAUGGGCUUCCUGAAGAAGGUGUUUGUGGAGGAGCAGGCGGAGCUGCAGGCCCAGGUUGUGGCGGCUAACGUGUGUGUUGACAUGGAGGUGAGCAGGCCAGACCUGUCUGCGGCACUCAAGGAGAUCCGGGCGCAGUACGAGCGGCUGGCCAAUAAGAACAUGCAGGCGGCCGAGGACUGGUACCGGGGGAAGUUUGAGUCCGUGGCGGAGAUGGCAUCGAAGAACAACGAGACGGUGCGCUCCAUCCGGGAGGAGACCAUGGAAUACCGCCGGCUGCUCCAAUCACACUCCUCUGAGAUCGAGGCCCUGCGGAACGUCAUCGAGUCGCUGAACAAACAGCUGGAGGAGCUGGAAGAGCACCAGGGGGAAGAGGUCACGAAGUAUCAGGUGAGGAUAAACAAUCUGGAGUGCGACAUCAACGAGGCAAAGCAGGAGAUGUCUCGCUACCUCAGAGAGUACCAGGACCUUCUCAAUGUUAAAAUGGCUCUGGACAUUGAGAUCGCGGCAUACAGGAAACUGCUGGAGGGAGAAGAGUUCAGGCUGACCUUCUCUGCCCUGAACUAAAUCCUCUUCACACUGAACCCCAAUAACCCCGAACCCCAAUAUCUCAAUAGCCUAUACCCUAACCUAAACCAUACUCUUUAGUCUUAUAGCCCUACCAUUGGUCCUCCUUCCACCCUUACCUAAACCCCAUACUACCCCACCCUUACCUAAACCCCACCCUUACCUAUACCCCAUACUACCCCACCCUUACCUAAACCCCAUACUACCCCACCCUUACCUAUACCCCUUACUACCCCACCCUUACCUAAACCCCACCCUUACCUAAACCCCAUACUACCCCACCCUUACCUAAACAGCUUACAACCCCACCCUUACCUAAACCCCAUACUACCCCACCCUUACCUAAACCCCAUACUACCCCACCCUUACCUAAACCCCAUACUACCCCACCCUUACCUAAACCCCAUACUACCCCACCCUUACCUAAACCCCACCCUUACCUAUACCCCAUACUACCCCACCCUUACCUAAACCCCAUACUACCCCACCCUUACCUAUACCCCUUACUACCCCACCCUUACCUAAACCCCAUACUACCCCACCCUUACCUAAACCCCAUACUACCCCACCCUUACCUAAACAGCUUACUACCCCACCCUUACCUAAACCCCAUACUACCCCACCCUUACCUAAACCCCAUACUACCCCACCCUUACCUAAACCCCAUACUACCCCACCCUUACCUAAACCCCAUACUACCCCACCCUUACCUAAACCCCACCCUUACCUAUACCCCAUACUACCCCACCCUUACCUAAACCCCAUACUACCCCACCCUUACCUAUACCCCUUACUACCCCACCCUUACCUAAACCCCAUACUACCCCACCCUUACCUAAACCCCAUACUACCCCACCCUUACCUAAACCCCUUACUACCCCACCCUUACCUAAACCCCAUACUACCCCACCCUUACCUAAACACCAUACUACCCCACCCUUACCUAUACCCCAUACUACCCCACCCUUACCGAAACCCCAUACUACCCCACCCUUACCUAUACCCCAUACUACCCCACCUUUACCUAAACCCCAUACUACCCCACCCUUACCUAUACCCCAUACUACCCCACCCUUACCUAAACCCCAUACUACCCCACCAUUACCUAAACAUCUUACUACCCCACCCUUACCUAAACCCCUUACUACCCCACCCUGACCUAAACCCUAUACUACCCCACCCUUACCUAUACCCCAUACUACCCCACCCUUACCUAUACCCCAUACUACCCCACCCUUACCUAAACCCCAUACUACCCCACCCUUACCUAAACCCCAUACUACCCCACCCUUACCUAUACCCCAUACUACCCCACCCUUACCUAUACCCCAUACUAACCCACCUUUACCUAUACCCCAUACUACCCCACCCUUACCUAAACCCCAUACUACCCCACCCUUACCUAAACAGCUUACUACCCCACCCUUACCUAAACCCCAUACUACCCCAUACUACCCCACCCUUACCUAAACCCCAUACUACCCCACCCUUACCUAAACCCCAUACUACCCCACCCUUACCUAAACCCCAUACUACCCCACCCUUACCUAAACCCCAUACCUUCCUCCCCAUAACUCAUCCCCACUGUACCACCCUAAUCUAGUACCACCCUAAUCUUGAACAAACCCCCCUAAGCGUCCUGAACGUCACCCUUCCGAAGACAGAUGUGCCCUUGUUCUACACAAGAGGUCCACGAUGAAGAGGUCCCCCUUCUUCUCCACACUGAUGUUGUGACAUCAUACAUCAACAAAAUGGCCGCCAGGCAGAAGACUGCAGAGAUACGCUGCACUGCAUUAGCUCAUACAGCUCAGCCUGUGAGCAAUAUCCUCCUGCUAGAGUUCCCCAUCUCCGUUAGCCUGGUCCCAGAUCAGUUUGUGCUGCCAUGUCAUCGGCUUAUGGUCUCUGUCACACCAGCAGAAACAGAUCUGGGCUACAUCGCCACAAUAUCCAAGCAUCAGGCUCAGUAUUUCAUUUGACUAUCCCCUCCCCCAUUGUGCAAACAUUUGGCCAGUUGUUUGUAAAGGAGGACUUUAUUCAAAUGUAAUUUAGCUUUGGAUGCUUGGAUUGUAUCUGUGUGUUGUUCUCAUGCUGAUAGAAAGCGGUUGUGGGCGUAUUGAUUAGGAAUAUAUUGAUGUGGAGCUCUAUCAACAGGAUAUUGAUCCUGAACUGAUCAGCACCCCUGGUUCUGUAACCGGUGAAACAGUAACCUUAAAGUUUAUUGACCUUCUCUGUUACUCUUUCGUGAUAUUUCCAUCCUCUUAUCAAAUUUCCACAAGCUUCAGUCAGGCGAAGAUAAGACAAUAAUUGGUUUUGGCAUGUUGUUCAUGAAACAUAAAUACUAAGCCAAGCGGUCUCUUGCCGUAUGAAUGACAAGCUGUGUGUAAGGAAAUGUCAUGUAAAGACUGCAUUAUUAAGAGCUUAGUUACUGGUUUCUCCCUGUGAUCUUAGAGAAAUAACUCUGUUAUCUUCUGUUAGCCCUUUUCUGUUCUGUAAGACCUUCCGAACCUAGCCUGGGUACCAGUCUGUUUGUGCUAACAUUACGCUCCUUGCCGCCCCUUGUCAUACCAAACAUGUUUGUCAUAUGACACGGAGUACCAGGGGUGGAAUGGUAGCACAAAACACGUCUGGAUUUCAGACUGGUCUGAACCUACAAGCUACAAGUAAAUAGUUAAACAACUGAAGAACAACUCAGCCUGGUAUCUCAAGCUCUUUGCUGUGCAUAUGUACACCGACUGAUCCUAGAUCUGAAACUAUCCCAAGUCUGCACCUUAUACUGUAUGCGUGGUAUACCUGUAAGGGCCAGCAACUUGCUGAAUAAAAUUACAUAACUGAACUGCAAA